GAGAGGCGUACGGGUUUUAGGGUUCGACUUCGCCUCCGAAAGGGAGUGGAAUCGGAUAGAAAUCUUCCCCCUCCGGCAUAUUCCCAGGUCGGAAGCUUUCGUCAGACAUCCCUCUCGAAACCUGUUCUCGUGCUCUACGCGCUGGUAUCUUCGGUGGCGGAAGUUUCUUUCGUUUUCGAAUAAGGAUUAAGAUUUCGAGUUGAAUAGCUUGUUCAUCAUGGGUGAAGAAGACAACUUAUCCGAACGAAGAAAAAAGAAAGCGCUUAAAAACAAAAACCAUAGAAAAGCUCAUCUCAACCUUUCCCAGAAGAGUUCAGCAAGCCAAAGCCCUCUGAAAAGGAAAAAGGAUAAAAAACAGAGAAGAGGUCAUGGCACAGCAUCUAAAGAUGGCACAGCUCAAGGUUCAUCAAAUAUUCUUAAGAAAAAUGUUAAAGCUGGUGAGUCUUCGAAUCAUCAUCAAACAUCAAGACAGCAAACAUCCUCUCUCAGGAAAAUGGUUGAUCCAGAAACCGUAAAGUACUUUGCAGAAGUUGCAAAUUUAUUUCAAAAAAAUGAGAUCGACCUAGAGGAGCUGCCUACAAUUUGUAGUAAUGCUUUGGAAGAAACUAGAGGAAAAGAAGUUGAGCUCGCAACAGACAUGACUAUAAGUCACACUUUACAGAAUCUUUUAGAAGGCUGUGAUUUGGACAGACUAUGUGGGUUUCUUCGAAACAGCGCAAAAGGAUUUCCUUUGAUUGCGACAGAUAGAUUUGGAUCCCAUGUGGCUGAGACAGCACUCAGGUCUCUCACGAAGCAUCUAGAUGAAGAAGGUUCUUAUUCUUAUAUUACUGAGACACUCUCUAAGCUGUGUCAGGUGGUGAUUACUGAUGCCGUGAGUGUGAUGUGCAGUCGUUAUGGCUCUCAUGUCUUUCGAAGUCUUCUCUGUCUUUGCAAAGGAGUUCCAUUAGACUCCUUGGAAGAGUUUCAUGUUAGCAAGCCACAAGCCAUUCUUGCUGAGCGGUUGAAUAGUAGACCUGCUCAGUCAGGUGGAAGCAAUUCUAAGAACUUUCAAUAUGGUUUUCCAGAUAUAUUCAAGUUUCUUGUUAGCGAAAUGUUAAACCAUGCAAAGGAUGAUAUUAGAUCUCUGAGAGUCAACAAGUACAGCAGUUUUGUUUUGCAGGCUGCAUUGAAGUUGUCAGUCGGGGAUGAUCAAGCUUUGUCAAAUGCAAUCUCAAUCCUUCUUGGUAGUGACACAAAGAUUAGUGAAGAAGGAAAUUUUUUUAGUACUUCAGUUAAGCAAGAAAUUAUGGAGCUACUUGAGGAUACUGCAUCCAGCCAUCUCUUGGAGGUCAUUGUUGAAGUUGCACCAGACACUCUGUACAAUGAGUUACUUACUGAAGUGUUCAAAGAUUCGCUAUUUGACAUCUCAUCCCAUCACUGUGGAAACUUUGUUGUGCAAGCACUAGUAUCUUCAGCAAAAACUAAGGCUCAGAUGGACUUGAUUUGGAAGGAGCUUGGUGCAAAAUCUAAGGAGUUACUCGAACAUGGGAAGCCAGGAGUAGUGGCUUCAAUCUUAGCUGCAUGUGAUCGACUUCAGACCCAUCAGCAUGAGUGUUGUCAAGCCCUUUGUGCUGCAGUAACUUCAGAUUCAGAGUCUCCAAGCUGCACUGUUCCACAUAUACUAUAUCUUGAGAGCUACUUCAGGGAUAGGUCCAGUUGGAAAUGGCCUCUUGAUGUUAAGAUGCACGUAUUGGGUUGCUUGAUGUUACAAAUCAUUUUUAGAUAUCCUAAACAAUUGAUUCAGCCUUACGUCACAAGUCUUACAUCGAUGGAUGCUGCUCAGAUCUUUCAAACUGCCAAAGAUGCAGGAGGAAGUCGUGUUCUUGAGGCUUUUCUCUGUUCGGAUGUUUCUGCAAAAGUGAAGCUUAAAGUUAUCACCAAACUGCAAGAUCAUUAUGGGGAACUUGCAUUGAGGACUUCCAGCUCGUUCACCGUUGAGAAGUGCUUUACUUCUAGUAACACAUCCUUAAAAGAGACUAUAGCAGCAGAGUUGCUGGCUGUGCGUGCUGAACUCUCGAAGACAAAGCAUGGUCCAUAUUUGCUGACGAAGCUAGAUAUUGAUGGAUUUGCAAGCCGACCCGAGCAAUGGAAACAAAGCCAAGCAUCAAAAGAAAGUGCCUACAGAGAGUUCCAUGCUGUAUUUGGUUCCAAGAGUAAACCUCAUAAGCAAAAUGUUGAAGCACCUGAAUCAUCUCUGGCAUCCUCCAAGAAAAAACAUAGAAGACAUGAGAAGUUGAGUGAUGAUGCUGAUGCUGCAAUGGCAAAUUCAACACUGGAAUUCCCUGGCCUUGAGAUCUCAAUGGCCAAACUGGGGUUCCCUGUUAAGGCAAAAAAAGGACACAAGAGACGAGGUACCAUGGAUGCAUCUGGUGUAGAAGAACCUGAUAGCAAGAAAUUUGUUAGAAGCAACACAAACACCUCAUUUGUAAAGAGAUCCGGGAAGAGAAAAUCUUCUGCAUCUGAUCUUGCUGAUCUAGCCAGCAAGUCAAGGCUGAGCGCAGGAGAAGUUCAGCAGCUUUUUAAACCAACAAUUAAGAAUGAAAAUAAACAGUCUGGGAAUGAGAAGGUACCUUUUCUGAAGAGGCAAAAGAGGUGGUGAGAUUGUCGCCAUAUCGUACUAAUGCCGUUUAAUGGAAUUUCUUUCGCGGUUAAGAAAGCUAUAGGAUAUGAGCAACAUGGCAAAGCUCAGUGGCAGAGGAGCUCAACAGGGAGGAGCACAAAAGAUGUUUUCCCUUGACAAUUGUUGUAGAAGUUUUUCUUUUUUUUUUUGCAUAUGACACAGUUUUGUCAAUUGAUGAGUUAUCGAGUCUUUUUUGUUGAAAAUAAUUUGUGGUUCAUCAUCUUGCAAAAUUAGGAAGCCAUGUUUAUCUGAUU